UCGAGCAUACUCGUACAAAUCCACCGGUGAAGCCUAAAUUUUUAUUUUUUUACAACUACUUGGCUGGAACGCUAUAUUGAUUCAUAUAUGUAUAUAUAUGCAUAUUUAUAGAUAUAUACAUAUAUAUAUAUAUAUACGGUAUAUGUCUAUGUAUAUAGGCAAAUUAGAUAAGAUUGCAACAAUUUCUGCAGAAUCACGCAAUAUAAAUCGAAAAGCGGCUCUUCUUUCAUCGCACUGACUUGAACCUCAGCUAAAAAGGAUCAAAUUUAAAAAUGGUGUCUCCAAUUGUGUCGGAUGAGGACGAAAAACACAUGAUGCAGACACGUGGCAGCAUUGAAAUGUCUUUUGAACCGGUUACUUUCGAUGAGGAAGGAAAUAUAGCAGCACCUGUUUAUUUACCGACCACCACAUCCGAAAAAGGACUCCCAGAUGGAUGCUCACCCGAAGAACCGCUUUCCCCGCAAUCAAAACGUUCUCGACGCAGACGGAUAAUGUCCUUGGAAUUGCCAGUCUUUUUGCUGCUCCUUGGAAUAAUGUUAACCGGUCCGGUGAUGCUGAAUCAGGAGCUCUAUCAAACCUGCGUUGCUGUCUAUCAUUACAAUGAGAGUGACUGUGAACCUCUACGGGGCAUUAUUCCCAAAACGGAAGAGGCGAAGAUAAUCGAAAAUCAUCUACAACCUUAUGUGGCCAAAAUUACCAUGACUAAUUCAAUCUUGCACAAUGUGUGGCCGGGAAUACUUGUACUCUUCGUGGGACCAUGGUCAGAUAAAUUUGGACGGCGACCAGUGUUGUUGAUGGCUUUUACAGCCUCCUUUAUCGGUCACGUAAUAACUACAAUUUUGGUUAGCAUUUCCAAACUGGUGUCACUUAAUCCGUGGCUUUACUUAAUAGGCAGCAUUCCAUCCACGCUGGCUGGUGGUGGUAGCACAGUGAUGACUAUUGUCAUCUGUUAUGUGUCUGAUGUAGCCGAUAUGGAAAAUAAAGCAAAGCGGAUGUUCUACGUUGAUUUGGCUAUGGGUACUGGUUUGGUAUUUGGUAAUGUAUUGAGCAGUUACUUGCUGCGUCUGACUGGUGUCACAAUGGUGUGCGUCACAUCUGCUCUUCUCAUCUUAAUCGGCUUGCUGUAUGUUUUCUUUUUUAUUGGUGAAAGUUUAGAUGUUGAGAAAACAAGCUUUUCGCAUAAAGCCAAGCGCUUCUUCGAUAUCCUACUUAUCAAGGACCUUGUGAAAACUUGUGUGGCGCGUCGUCCAAAUUAUGGACGUGCCAUCAUUGGUUGUACGAUUUCUAUUUUAAUGGUGUCGAGCUUCGUUCAUCACGGCGAACAUGGUGUAUUCUACUUAUUCUUACGCAACAAAUUUAAUGUAACAUUGCAACAGUACACUUACUUCAAUGCUACGCAAAUAACAAUUAAAAUGGUAGGCUGCAGUAUUGCAGUUACGGUGUUAAGAAAGAUUUUCAAAAUACCCUUUGGCAUCAUCGCUUUGAUGGGUCUAGCUGGACAUAUGCUGGAAUGUCUAACCCGUGCGUUAGCACAGAGCUUUUGGCAGAUGUAUGUGGCAUCGUCCUUUGGAAUUUUAUCAGGCAUUACAACUCCAAUGUUGCAAGCAAUUAUAUCUUUAGCGGUGCCAUCAAAUGAAAUUGGCAAAGUCUAUUCCUUGGCGGCAUGUUUGCAAACACUCUCGCCCUUAAUUGCAGCACCUUUAUAUACUUUCGUAUAUAGCCACACUCUUCAAACGUUUCCAAGUUUCUUUAAUUUUAUUAGCUCUGGACUCUAUGGGGAGUGCUUUGUUGUAAUGAUCGUGAUAUCCAUUUUCGAACGACGAGUUGCUAACCGACCAAGCCAAGCCGAAGAGGAAAAAGGACAAAAAACGAAAAAAUCCCUAUCGGAAGAGCCCAAACUGGAGAAACUUUUAGAAAAUAAUGUUUAAAUUAGAUUCGAGUAUUCGAGUGUUUUUGUGUGUUGCGUGUGUACUCGAAAUAAAUUUAUAUUUAAGAUACUGAGGAGUUAAAAAGAUAAUUAAAUGCACAAACAGGGGCAGGAAAUACAUAGUAGGUACUGGUUACUUUACAAAUAUAUGUAAAUGCAAAUAUGUACAUAUACAUAUUAAUAUGUAAACAUACUGUUAAGAUCCUAAAUUAAGUGAGCUUUUUAUAUUACGGACCAAAAAAGGGGUGUCAUGUAACGGACGAAACUCACACAUAUCUACUUUUAAUGGCAACAAAUAAAUAAUUUAAUAUCUUUUAAGCUCAUUAAGUACUGACAAACACGACGAAUGUAUAUGAAAAAGUUUAGCAUAAUGAAGUUAAGAUUUAAUA